UGAACACAACAGCAACGGAGCGAUGAGAUGAGACAUGGUGCUGCUCAAAUUUUGCAGCAAAAGCUUCCGGAGGAAACCGUCAGCGCUGGCUCGCGACGCUAGGCAUGAUCAGGUGCCGCAACCAAGCGACGCACUUCCGCCGCAGUCUCCACCGCCACGCCCAGUCCCCGUCGCCUCCAAAACUCCGAAUCGAAAAAAGGACUAUGGACUCGAGGUUCUGUACGAUGGCAGGCUCUGCGCCGAUAAUCAGGAUGGAGCGGGGUUGGACAUAGUUGCGAUACAUGGCCUCAAUGGGAACGCUUAUUCGACUUGGCGGCACAAAAACGGCACAAUGUGGCUGAAGGACCUUCUCCCGAGCGACCUUCCUGGUGCGCGCAUUUUUACGUAUGCAUACCCAGCGGAGGUUUUGUUUAGCAAAUCUGUGGGGGACAUUAUCGAUUAUUCGCGCAGCCUCCUAGCUGAGUUACAGGGUCAAUUGACCACCACUUCAGAGGUUAAUAUGCUGCGUCCAAUCAUUUUCGUCUGUCAUAGUCUAGGAGGCCUUGUUUGCAAGCAGGCUCUCCUUCUAGCCAAAGAGCCAAAGAGUCAAUAUGGGGAUAUCUUGGCUGCUACCACUGCUGUCAUAUUCCUGGGAACGCCGCACCGAGGCUCAAGAAUAGCAGAUACUGGUAAGGCCGUGGGUGACUUUGCUAAUGCACUUUUGCGUGUAGCGCAAGUCACAAGCCUGACUGGGGCUAUUCGUAGUGAUCUUGUGAGUGCGUUAAGCGCAGAUUCCGACAGUUUGCAAGCACUCGCUACGUCUUUCCACGACCAGCUUGACCAUUUAGAUAUUGUCACUUUUUACGAACGAAAGAUUGCUUUCCCUCUGUCUAGCUUGGUCGUAGAUCGCGAAUCCGCCAUAAUGGGGAUACCGGGCGAACAAGUCAUUCCACUGAAUGCGGACCAUAGGAGCAUGUGCCGGUUCGAGGCGAAGAACACAGAGUAUCUCACUGUUCUCAAUCAGAUUCGGCGGUUAUCUCGAGGAAUAAAGCCGAGUAGAGACUCAGCUAAUAAGUCUCUUAGAUCGACCGAGACGCGUUGCAUGACCCUGCUCUACUCCACCAACCUAGAAGACUACAAAGCUCAAUUGCCGAGGCCCGUACAAGGAACAUGUAGCUGGAUUCUCCGCGAUCAACGGUAUAUUUCCUGGAUAGAAUCAGAAGACACUGGCCUACUCUGGGUUACUGCGCUUGAUUCAGCGGCUCAAUCGUUCUCUCAGGUCUUCUAUUUCUUCUGCGACGAUAAGAUCACAACACAGAGAAAUGCCAGACAGAUACUCAGAAGCAUCCUUCACCAGAUCCUCCAGCAACACCGAAGCCUCAUCAAGUAUGCAAAGUCAAGGUGGGAAGCUACUGGUCAUAACCUGGUGGAGUCUUUCGCUGCGCUAUGGGGAAUUUUCUUGAAAAUUAUAUCAGAAUCAAGAUUGGGUCCCGUUGGCAUCAUCGUGGACGCGAUUGAUGAGUGUGAAGCCGAUAGUCGACGAACUUUCCUGCAGUCAAUUAUGCACUUAGUGCAGGAAUCGGGAACUGCGCCCCAUCGUCCACGAAACCUAGUCAAGUUUCUCAUAACUAGUCGCCCUUCUCCUCAAGAUUUUAGUAUUCUCGAGGAACCUGACAAGAGCAUAUUGCCAAUUGACGAAAAUCAGGCCAGGAUCAGCCAAGACAUUAGACUGGUCAUUAGCCACAGAUUUGGACGACUUGCCAAAAAGGUCGGCUUCUCCAAAGAAACAAUAACUGAGCUAGAGACCUUACUCCUUUGCAAAGCUGAGAAGUCGUUUCUUUGGCUGAACAUAGUGCUCCAGUCCCUGGAGGAUAGUCAAUCAACAUCCAAGAAGGACUUCAAGCAGAUCAUCAACAACUUCCCUCGGAAGUUGGAAGCAACAUACGCCAGAUUCUUGCAUCGAAUCCUCCCUGACAGCCGAGAUAUUGCGCGAAACAUACUGCGCAUUCUCAUCGGAAGCUCUAGAUCUCUGACUUUGCAAGAGAUGAACAUAGCAUACACAAUCAACCAAGGAGAAUACAGAACUGUAGAAAAGCUCACGGAAGAUCGUCAAAAUGCGAUUGAGCGCAUGCUGCACGGGAUAGUAGGGCCUUUUGUCCGCUUUGAGGCAUCUAGAGUUUCUUUUAUCCACCAAUCAGUAAAAGACUUUUUAGCUGGCUUUGCACUCUCUUCGACAGAUGAUAUGGUCCAGAGUUUUGGUAUCUCUCCUCCCGUUGCGGCGCUAGGUAUAGCCUCGACCUGCAUUCGAUACUUGCUAUUGGAAGAUUUCGCGACGGACAUCUUCCUACCUAUAAUGACUGAUAAUUCUCUCUCUGAUCACAAAAAGGAUGACGAUGAGGCCUCGAACUCGUCAUCACUGGACUUCUUAGCCGACGGACCGCUUCCAGAUUACGAAGAAGACCUGCGGAAAGAGAACUGCACAUUCAUCACUAAGCGCUUCGAACUCUUCGACUACGCUGCUACACAUUGGGCAGAACAUUUUGCACUGUGCGAAAGUAUUGCUCCGGAAUCUCUUUGGGAGGCCGUUCGUGCUCUGACACAGGGUGGUAGCCAUGUUUUGAAGAACUGGUUGAAGUAUUUCUGGAUCAAGACGGAAAUGGAAUUUGCAUUGCCGGAUGACUUCGACGCCAUCAUGGUUGCCGCGUUCUUCGAUUGCGCUCUCCUCCUUGACGAAUCUAUGCGCCUAGAUGUUUCAGUCGACCAGACCAGAAAAGACCGUGCUUUAUUCUGGGCUGCAAGGAUGGGCUGUUCGAACUCUGUAGAGGUGCUGCUCAUACGUGGUGCGGAUCCUAACUCCCGCCGGCUUUAUCAACAUACUCCCUUGACUAUAGCUGCGCAUCAUGGCCAUCUACGGGCAGUGAAAGUCCUGUUGGCCGAUGCCCGUACUAACGUCAAUACCGAAGGGAAAUCCGGACGGACGGCUUUGUCUUUUGCAGCUGGAAAUAGCCACUUGGAAACCUUCGAAGUGUUGUUUAGUUGCAAAGAUUGCCGACCCGAUCACCAAGAUGAGAAUCACUGGACCCCACUCUUUUGGGCUAUUGAAAGGGACCAUACCGACAUUGCGCGUCUGCUGCUUCGCCACCCAGCUGUGAAUAUCAACCAUGUUGACCGUAAUGGCCGCUCAAUACUAUCAUGGGCUGCUGGCGAAGGAUUUUUAGGAGCUUUCCGAAUGUUCUUGGGGCAUCCGGAAGUAGAUGUAAACCUCAAAGACGCAAAUGGUCGAUCACCCUUACUAUGGGCUGCCAACAACGGCCAAGAAGAGAUUAUUGACGCUUUUAUGCGGGACGAGCACAGCGUCGACAGAAUGAGCAAAGACAACGACCGCAGGAACGCUCUUUCUUUAGCCUGUAUGGGAGGACAUACAGACACUGUUAAAGCUUUAAUAAAAUACGGAUGUGGAGACGAGGGCGAAGAAGACGUGGACGGGUGGACGGCUCUCCCAUGGGCUCUAGAACGCCGAUCACCGUUAACAGUAGAAGCUGUUCUAGCAGGGCGAGGAGUACAGGUUGAUCGCAGGGAUCGCACCGGUCGAACUGCACUGCUUUGGGCCGCAAGUUACGGUUAUGCUGAUGUGGUACAGAUGCUGAUGGAUCAAGGCGCGGAUCCUCAUAUCCGGGACGAGAGUGACCGGGAAGCUCUUGACUAUGCGCAAAUGUUCAAUCACAUCGAGGUGCGCAUCGACAAGGAGUGGAAUAUCUACUUCGAAGAUUGGGUCGAAGGCCAGAAAGAAAAGAUGUUGCGUGGUUUGGACCAGUUUGAGGUUGCUGCGAAAGAAUGCCUCCUUCCGGUGCCUGGGGCCGGCCCAACGUCAGCGGAUGAAGUCGCCGUUGCUGCUGCGACCGCUAUGACAAGCCAGAUAGUGUAUUUGUGGAUCGGUUGGAAGCAGGAUAGACCAAAGCUAGAAGAAUGA